CAGAGGCCGCGAAGACCGAUAUCCGUAUUUCCUUUUACAUGUAUAUAUUUUUCGGAUAUUUGUUAACGAGUUUAAAGUGCGAAAGCAACAAAAAGAUGAAGUGUCUCGUCGUCUACUUUGCCGUAUAUCUCUGCAAGUUUCUGGGUGCGACUGCAAUUGAAGACAGUCGGCAUUGGCACGACCUGGCCGACAAAGAACUGGAAGAGUCUCUCUCGUAUCGCUGGAACACGAAGAAAGCGAAAAAUGUGAUCCUUUUUUUGGGCGACGGGAUGAGUGUGGAUACCAUAACGGCCAGUAGAAUUUAUCGCGCCGGUGAAACCAGUCGACUUGCAUGGGAACAUUUUCCCCAUAUCGGGAUCCUGAAGACCUACAACACGAACAAACAAGUGGCAGACUCGGCUUCCACCGCCACCGCGCUCUUCGGAGGAGUCAAGACGAAUUACGAGGUCGUCGGUGUGGACGCGCACGUGGAAUUGGGAGAUUGCGAGGCGAGCCUGAACGCGGAUUAUCAUGUCGACUCGUUCAUAACGUGGGCCCAAGCAGCCGGUAAAGCCACAGGUUUCGUGACAACCACUCGAGUUACUCAUGCAACUCCGGCGCCGCUUUACGCGCACAGCGCGAAUCGCCGAUGGGAAUGCGAGUCGAAAAUGCCGAAAAACGCCACCGGUUGCAAGGACAUCGCCCGGCAACUGGUGGAGGAUGACCCUGGGAAAAACAUCCGAGUGAUCAUGGGCGGCGGCAGACAGGUGAUGAAGUCCAAUGUGAGCGCGGACGAAUUCGACCCGGUAGACUCUUGGGCCUGCUAUCGGCGAGACGGUCGUGAUCUUAUCGAUGAGUGGAUCAGAGACAAGUCUGACCGUAUGUUGGCUCACAGCGUAGUCCAAAAUAACGAGGAACUGUCCCGCCUCGAUAUCGAUAACGUAGAUUACUUGCUUGGUAUCUUCGCCAACGGCCACAUCGAGAUGGACUGGAAACGCAAGCGCGGUCCCAAGGGACAACCCAGCUUGGAGCAAAUGACCACUGCAGCUUUGCGCAUUCUUCAGAAGUCCCCGCAGGGAUAUUUCCUGAUGGUCGAAGGUGGUCUAAUAGACUUCGCUCAUCACCGAGGCCACGCCGCUCAAGCUCUCCUGGAGACCGUGCGAUUUUCAGACGCCAUCAACGCCACUCUUCGAAUGAUCGACACCGAUGACACUCUUGUCAUAGUCACCAGCGAUCACUCGCAUUCGAUGAGCUUGAAUGGAAACAGCGCUCGGGGCUCAUCCAUUCUAGGGAUCGCUCAGAGAUCCAAGCACGACGGUAUACCGUACACGACAUUGUCCUACAGCACAGGUGGUCCGAAUAACAUCGCUUACACCGUGGGAGAAAAGGGCCAAGCUGUGAGAAUAGAUCCGUCCAAAUCGAACACCAGCGAUUUUACGUACAGCCAACAAGCCACGAUCAUAACGGACGAGGCUUAUCAUGGCGGUGGCGAUGUGGCAGUGUACGCUAUAGGACCGUACGCGCAUCUCUUCCACAGCGUGCACGAGCAGAACUACGUGGCGCACGUGAUAGCAUACGCCGCGAAAGUCGGGAUGUACUCGAACUGCGCGGCGACGAUGAUGCAUUCCAUUUUCGCAGUCGUUCUCUCCACUGUUUUAACUUUGACCUGUUUUAAAUUUACCUUAGUCGGAUAAAUCCAACAUCGAUGGGAUGUUGCCUGCAGGCAGAAAUCCUGUACUCGUAUUCUCUUAUACUCGCCAAAGACGUAUAUUUUUAGAAAUCGUAUCUACACGUUACAUAUUCUUAUCGAGUGUAAUUAAGUGAUAUUGCAAGUGCCCGCGGGAUAUCACUUGUACCCACUCCAUCACAGAUCAGACUAAAUAGACUUUCAAUGGACGUA